AUGGAAACCAAUUAAUAUAAUAUUUUAAUGAAAAAAAGUGGAUAUCAAGAUGAUCAAUCUAAAAUUUCCUUUUUUAAUGAUGGAAACCAAUUAUUUACUCAGAUAAUUGAUGAAAAUUUUCAAUUUUAAGAUUAGGGAAGUUUUCAAAUGAAAUAUAUCAAUAAGGUUUCGUAAAUAAAAAUUCAAUUUGCAGAAAAUUAUCUAAAAAUAAUUGAUGAAGUAUUAGAAUAUGAAAAUUUUUGUUAGUUAUCUUCUAAAUAUAUUCAAAUUGAAAAUGCAUGUUUACGAGUUGUUAUGAAUUUAAAAAACUAGUAAUUUGGAUUUAGAAUAAGUAAAAAUGGAUAGCAAGCAGAAUUUUAUGGUAAAGACUUAGAAUUAAUCGAAAAGAUAAAAAAGUAUGUGAUUUAAUCAGAGUUUUAGAAGAAAUAUAAAAUAAUAGCUAAAAUUGGUAGUGACUAUUUAUCAUCUGUAAAAUUUAUAAUUUAUAAUAAGGUCUAUAAGGUAUAGCAUUAGAUAAGUGGUUUAAAAUAUGCAGCAAAGGUAGUAGAGAAAUCAAGGUUAACAAAUGGAAGUAAACUUGAAAAGGAUAACUUUUUAAAUUAGAUAAAUAUCUUAAGAUAAUUAAAUCAUCAUAAUUUGUUAAAAUUAGAAGAAGUUUAUGAGGGUGAAUAAAAUAUAUAUAUAAUUACCGAAUUAUUGGAAGGAGGUCCAAUUAAAUAGUAGCUUUUGAAUAAUUCUCUUACUGAAUAAGAAAAGAUUAAAGUUAUGCAUUCCCUUUUUAGCAAUUUGUAUUAACUUCAUAAACAAAAUGUGUAUCAUUAAGAUAUAAGAUAUGAUAAUAUUUUAUUAAGAGAUACAUAAGAUUUAAAGACAGCUUGUUUGAUAAAUUAUUCAAAGGCAAUACAAAUUCCAUCUAAAAAGAAUACUCAUAUUCUUUAAGAUUAAGAAAGCAUGCUUAAUUUAUGUAUGAAAAGAGAUAUACAUUCUUUAAGCAUUAUUUUAUUAUCAUUAUUUACAAAGAAAUUGUAUAGAGAAAAUUAAGUGUUGGAUGAAUUAAUGAUGAAAAAUUCUCUAUAAUUAAUUUAGACAGAUUAUAUGGAAUUAUCUCCUUAACUUUAUAGAUUUUUUGAAUAGAUAUUUAAAGAUAUGAACAAAAAAUAAACGGAUAAUUUGAGUUGUGAAAGGAUAUUAGAAUUAGAUAUUUUUAGAGUUCAAUAAAAACCUAGAAAUUCAAAGAAUUUUAUUGCUAAAUAAUUCUUACCUUUACUUCCAAGAAGAAUGAGUAAAUAUGAUCCAACUUAAUCAGAUAGAGAAAAAUUAGACUGUUCUGUAAAUUCUAUAAAAUUUCCACCCAUAAAUAGGGAUUCUUCAACUUCAGCUGAAAAAAGCCUAUCAAAGAGUCCUUAAUCCUUUUGUCUUCUCUCAAAUCAUCAUAAUAAUCAUAAUAAUAUAAAAAAUAAAAGUAAAUUAAGUUAAAAAACGAAGAUGAUUAAAUGA